AGACACAGAAGAACAAGACUUGGGUCGUCUCAGCUACAAGGCGGUCUCGUUAAGUCAACUCAAGUCAAGGACUUUGACUGAAGUUUCCGUACACCGAUUGAGGACUAUUGAGCUUUGAGGGAUCUUCAGUGUGACGUUGAGGGCCAUGGAUGUGUUAUCAAGGGCUGUGAUGUGUUUCUGCUUGAUGGGCUGGAUGACUUUAGGAUGGAGUAAUGCUGCUCAGUUCACAUCAAUUAACAUGAAGAGAAACAUAGACAAACUGAAAGUCCACUAUAAGAUCUCCAAGGACCAGCUGUUCAACGGAAACCCUGUUUUCCCCAAGGACACGUUUGAGGACAGUGAGCAGAGGGUGUUGAUGAGUGUGGUUCUGGACGUUUACCUGAGUAUCUUCAGCCAGAUGCUGAACCAGACGGGGGACCAGGAAGUGAGGGAGAGGCUGGACCAGGUCAAGGGGAAGGUUCAGGAGACUCAGAAACACUAUUUCCUGGGGAGGAUACCUGAGCUGAGGACACACCUGCAGAACCUGUGGGCCAUCAAGACCAGUGACACCACAGUCCAGGGGAAGGCUCUGUCCGAGUUCAUUACCAUCUACGAGAAAGCCUCCAAACUGGCCCAUGAGAUCCAUCUAAAGAAGGACAACCGCAGGAAGAGACGGCAAGCCCAGAGGCUCAAAUCACACAUCAUGUAGAUGACCAAACGUGUCUACUGUGAAGGCUAGGUGUAGGGUGAAGAUACACCUGGAAGCUGACCUUGGGUCAGUUUAGCAUUUCCCCCUCUAACAGUGAAGGUUAGGAUUGGGGGAGGGAGCUGAUCCUAGAUCUGUACCUAGGGGAACCCACCCCCCCAAAAGCCACAGUUGAGAUACAUAUUGAAGCUACAUAUUACCUUGAUACAAAACUCUAUUUAUAUUGUUAAGUUAUUUAAUCUAUUAUUUAAUAUAUUAUUAAGUUAUUUAUCAUUGUGAAAAGAGUAUUUAUAUUUUAUGAAUCGAAAGGAAUCUAUUUUGUCAAUUAAUAUGUAUUAUUUAUUAUAUAAAAAAUGCUUUUCUCUUGGAAUUUAAAGACUUGUUUCUUGCAGUUGACGCAAGAUCUGUAAGUUCUACGAGUGAAUAAACGGACAUUAAGAAAACA